AUGCAGACAGAUAUCACAAUCAACAAUAGCAACAUGUAUCAUUUGGCAAAGGGUGUAUAUCGGUAUGCCACUAGUAAAGAGGAAUACUCCGUCCUCCUACUCGGUCUCGAUAACGCCGGUAAAACUACCCUUCACACUCAAAUCAAAUCCCUCUACUCCCCGCACAACCCCUCACCCGCCGAUCCCUCUCAACUUAAAACUGUACCCACCGUUGGCCAAAAUGUCUCCACCAUCGUGCUCCCAGAUAUGUAUUUGAAAAUCUGGGAUAUUGGAGGUCAACAUUCUCUUCGAAAAUUAUGGCAGUCUUACUACACCAGUUGCCACGCCAUUGUCUUCAUUCUCGAUUCUACAGACAUCGGAUCUGGUGAUCUGGCCGACUUGGAUUCAGAUUCUGGGGAUACAGAUAUGGGGAGAUUAGAGGAGUGUAAAUUGGUAUUGGAAGAUGUGUUGAAGAGUGUGGAGACGGAAGGGGUACCUGUGUUGGUGUUAGCGAAUAAACAGGAUAGGGAAGAUUGUGUGGAGAUAGUGAGGAUUAAAGAAGGGUUGGUUAAGAGGGUUUUUGAGGGGGAGGGUGGCCAGGGGAUUAGGGAUAGUAGGGUUUUACCCAUUAGUGCGCUGGGAGGGACGGGAGUAAGGGAGGCAGUAGAGUGGUUGAGGACUAGGGUUAUUUGGAAUAAGGAAGGAAGACCGCCAGUUAUGCGGUAG